AUGAAUUUAACGAUAUCGAAUGAAACUAAUGAAGAAGUCUACGGACCAUUAGAAGUUAGUGAUGAUAUGACACUACCAGAUUUAGUGGCCUUGAUUGAACUAGAGUGUGGUUUUGACCGUUCAAAACAUGAUCUUUACCACAGUGUAACUUUACUGGAUCCUAACGAUACUAAGUCUUUAACUGCUAUUGGGAUGGGUGACAACGAACUUUUGCUUAUAAGGAACAAGGUGACAGCUUCUGCAGCUGGUGCAGGUGCCACUAAUGCAGAUUCUAUGAGUGACGAUGCCUUUGUGGAACAGUUUAGACAGGAGUUGCUUCGUAACCAACCAUUGAGACAACAGUUGUCGUGGCAGAUUCCUGAGAUAGAUAGAAUGAUUGAAGAUGAACAACUAUUCAGACAAAGACUGGGGCCUCUGAUUUUACAGAGGAGAUAUGGAUUCGGUGCUGAUUCAGGUCCACAAAAUCCAUUUGGCAUUCCUCAGGAGGAAUAUGCAAGACUGAUGAACGAUCCUGAUGACCCUUCAAACCAACAAAAGAUCGCAGAAUUGAUAAAUCAACAGGAAAUUGAUGAACAAAUGCGAAAUGCAUUAGAAUAUACACCUGAAAUGUUCACUACUGUACACAUGUUGUUCAUACAUUUAGAAAUUAACGGUCACCCUGUGAAGGCAUUUGUCGAUACAGGGGCUCAAGCAACGAUUAUGUCAACUAAAUUAGCCGAAAGAACCGGAUUGGCCAGAUUAAUCGAUAGAAGAUUUGUUGGUGAAGCUCGUGGUGUAGGAACAGGUAAAAUUAUCGGUAGAAUUCAUCAAGCUCAAGUCAGAAUUGAAACUCAAUUUAUUCCCUGCAGUUUCACUGUGUUGGACACUGAAGUUGAUCUUUUGCUUGGAUUAGACAUGUUAAAAAGACAUCAAGCAUUAAUCGAUUUGGGUAAGGAUUCGUUGAAAAUUGCGGGUGUCGAGACUAGAUUUCUUGGUGAGUCAGAGAUACCAAAGGCAUUUACAGCUCAAGCUCCAGAGGCACACCAACAGAAAACAGAACAGGGCCCGGGUCAAACACUGGGGGCUACACCUGGUGGAUCAGCGCCUACGCCAGCUGCGCCAAGACCAUCAGCUGCAAGGGCGAACCGACCAAAAUCCCAUGACGAGAGUAACAUCAAACAGUUGACAGAUUUAGGGUUUUCGAGAUCUGAGGCGAUUAAUGCUUUGGAUCAAACGGACGGUAAUGCAGAAUUAGCAGCCUCCCUUCUCUUUGGCUAA